AUGGACAUUGAGGAGUUAUUACAAGCUCGCGGCAUCUCUUUCCAAACUGCUCGCUGGGAAGAAGGGCAUUGGUUGACCUUGGAUGAUUUUGACAACACCGAAUAUGACAUUCGUUCGCCCCAGCAGUGGAUCGAAAUGGGACUUCAGGAUGAGGAGAACAGCUUGCCUGUGUCAGCUACUGGCCUCCGGCUCAAUGAAGACCGUGCUGGUAGCUGGCAGGCAUGCGUUGCGGUUGGCACCGAGGGAGCAAGAACGCUUGUGCGGUGGAUUUCCCAUGGGGAGGUGGAGAUGUACGGCGAACCCACGCCUUUGACGAGAUUGCAGAUACUCUACCAUGGCGAGGAUCCGGAAACUCAUGCAGACCGAAUCCAGUUUGCUUUUGAAUCUCUGAAGCAAGCUCAAUCGCGGGCGCAGCUGAACUUUUUCAUUGACAACAUGCCAUCGGACGACAUUCAGUGCCUGGACACUGACCAAGUCUCGCGAGUGCUAGAGCUCGCGAGAAACUCACCCUCUUUGCGAGAGGGUAGUCUAGAGACAGCGGCAAAUGGGUUGGUGAAAGAGGCUAACCUGGAUUUUGCCCGCACGAUGAACAAGAUCAUUUUCAUCAGCCACAAGCUUCAAUCAGAAGGUAUCGACACCGACAAAAGCCCCAGUCCUUCUCAGGCCAUGUUCGAGUCAGUGAACAUCGAUGAGCUGGAUGAUGACAGCUCUUUUGACAGGCCGGUGCCAAUGUUUUCCUUGUGGCCUGUGCCAGAGUACAGCUUUACCGACACGUUCUCAUCAUUUUGCUUUGCAUCUCUUCUAAUUAAGCCCGAAGUCGUCAGCACGAAUGUGGCUGUUGCUGAAGAGUGCCUGUGGUUGCUAUCCCAAUGCAUCUACAACAUCAGAUACACCGAGGCCACACGUUUGGACUACUUUGCACAACUACAGAAAGCGGUGAUCACAGCUACGUCACAGCGGGUCAAAGAACAUUGGGUGAACAAGCUACAGAAGAUCAUGCUACAACACUUUUCGAACGUGGGGAAGGGAUGGUUUUCCAUUCACGAGACCAAUCCAGACACCUACCGCCAGGGCAAAAUGCGAAAACUAUUGUCUGUCCUGCGCUUCAUCAUGCAGGACACAUUGCGGUACUUUGCAUUGGACUCUGUAGCACAGUACUGCGAAAGCAUGGAAAGGUACUGCCCCGUUCAAGUUGAUGUGCAGGACCUCUUGCAAGUUGAGAGCAUUUUCGAAACUCCAGACCCAAGUACAGAGACAGCACCGCCUCGUUUAUUUCACAAGGCUGCAAGUGCAUUCAUGGAUGUGUUCCUCCUAUCCAAGCGUGGCCAGAGCUCAAACGGUGCCAGUACAGCAGUGGGGCCUAUUGCUGUCGGUGACGGUUUUGUAGAUCCUCAAGCUGGUCAAUGUCGCGAGCCAAAAGAGGGAUUGUUUAUCCUGGAGCUUCGUCACAGCGAGGAUAAACAGCACUUUGUGUACUCCUCUGACGGGGCACAGGUAGUCGACGUGUGCAAGAAAGUGCUGGACCAGGGGCUUCAAAGCCUUGCGGAUGUUCCACAGCUGGAUGCGCUCGUUGUUCCGCAGCUUUUCCGAACAGUUGUCCACAAGCAGGUCUUAAGCACGGUUGAAGUCACUGAGCCUUGGGUCGUCUAUCGCAGAGACUUGCUGGUAGCCAAGCUGGAGAAGACAUUACCUGCGCUUGGAGAGUUCAUUCAGCUUUUCGAGCCUUACCAAAGCCUUCUACGCCUCGAUCCCGCAGAGUAUGUCAAAGAAAAGGCGGCGGCGGAAAUCUCCACGGAUGAGGCGAAGCAGUUCAUAUUGGAGCACAUCGAUGAGGAGCAGAAAGUAUUGGAUGCCAUUCCAGACUCUUCUGUGGUGGGGCUGUUUGAAAUACACUGCUCCGAAAUCCGAAAGGUUCUGGCCAGCAGACAUCGAAAGAUUGUGGAACUUUUGGAAGAUAUGCUGCUGCAACGAUUUCGGGAUUCAGCUCAAGAGGUUGCAGACACGUUCCAGGGCAUUUUCGCACAAUUGCGGAAGGCGCCGAAGAACAUUGAGCAGUCCACGGAACUACGAGAGUUCAUGAGCGGUGUGCCAGGUGAGGUUGGAAAGAUGUCUCCGGACAUUGCCAAGUGCAUUCAAAUCUUUACAGUUCUUGAAGGGUUCGAAGUUAAGCUCACCAGUGACGAUGCUUACCAGCGUUGGCGGGUCUUUGCGUGCCCAAAGCAGACCUUUGACCUCAUGGCACAGGUGGAGCAAGACCUAGCCAAGGCAGAGAAAGGCUACCUUAAAGAAAUGCAGCAGGAGCAAACCGACUUCGAUGAAAAUCUUGUAGAUCUGGCCGGAAUCGUGGAUACCUUUUCCCAGUACUCCAACUUGGCCAACAUCAAGGAGAUCCAUGAGAAUGUAGAGAGUGUGAACGAGAGACUGAAGCAAGCCAGUGGACAAGCGAAGCUGUUCAAUUCUCGCGAGGCACUAUUUGGGCAAGAAUCGUCUGACUACAGCCAUUUGCAGCAGCUGCAAAAGGAGUGGGAGCCCUUCUCCAACUUGUGGGUCACUGCCUAUCAUUGGAUUGAAGACUCCGAAAAAUGGAUGAAUGGGCCAUUCCAAGAGAUUGAUGCCAAAUACUGUGAACAAUGGGUGACGUCUGGUGCCAAGACGCUGUUCAAGACGGUAAGGGCUUUGGAGAAGCGCGAAGAUGCCGGAAAAGUGCUGAAGAUUGCAAGAGACAUCAAGGAACAAAUUGAUGCAUUUCAGCCGUACCUUCCAAUCGUCACUGGCCUUCGAAAUGCGGGCAUGCGCGAGCGGCACUGGGCGCAGGUCAGCGAAUUGGUUGGUCAAGAUGUGAGCCCCGAGAUGGAGGACUUCACGCUGAAGAACUUUGUUUCCAUCGGCAUGCUUGAACAUGUGUCAAAGAUCAACGAUAUUGGUGAGAAGAGCGGGAAGGAGCUGUCCAUCGAGACGCAGCUCACAAGCAUGAUCAAUGCGUGGGAUAACAUGAAGUUUGACUGUAGCGAGCCAUACCGCAACACCCAGACUUACAUUCUCAAAGGUGCAGAUGAGGUGAUUGCUUUGGUCGACGAGCAGAUUGUCAUCACGCAGGCUAUGCAGUUCUCACCCUUCAAUAAGCCCUUCAAGGAAGAUAUUGAUGCCUGGGCAGAGAAGCUCUUGUACGUGUCCGAGUGCUUGGAUGGAUGGCUAAAAGUGCAGCGGGCGUGGAUGUAUUUGCAGCCAAUCUUUGACUCGCCCGACAUCAUGAAGCAGCUUCCCACCGAAGGCAAAAAGUUUCGCUUGGUUGACAGCAAAUGGCGCCAGACCAUGGCACGCCUUCAUCAGAACGGAGCUGCCUUGCAAGCCUGUUCAAUGGAAGGGUUGCUGGAAACCUGGAACAAUGCCAAUGCGGACUUGGACAUGGUACAAAAAGGCUUGGACGACUACUUGGAAACCAAGCGCGGAGCCUUCGCUCGCUUCUACUUUCUGUCCAACGAUGAGCUUUUGGAAAUCCUGUCGCAGACAAAGGACCCGCUGAGAGUGCAGCCCUUCCUUUCCAAGGUUUUUGAGGCCAUGAAGAAGCUCACUUUCACAUCCGAUUUGUCAGCAACACAGAUGGUCUCUAAAGAAGGUGAGAUCAUUGACUUCGUUAGCCCGGUGCACACAACUGGAAAGAAUGUUGAAACAUGGAUGACCGAAGUUGAGAAUCAGAUGCUGGCAGCGAUUCGGGAGGUCAUAAAGAUCGGCGUUGAGACAUACAUCGAUACUCCAAGGACAGAAUGGGUGCUCAAGCAGCCUGGACAAGUGUGUCUGAACUCUAGCCAGGUGCAUUGGACUGCUGAAGUGGAAGAGGCCAUUGACGCUGCAGCCUUGUCUGACUACUUCUCAAAGCUCUCCGACCAGCUAAUGGGCCUGGUGCGACUGGUUCGUGGUGACAUCUCAAAGCUGCAGCGAAUGAGUAUCGGCGCUUUGAUCGUGAUCGAUGUACAUGCGAAGGACACUGUUGAAAAGAUGGCCAAAGACAACAUUACCGACGUCUUCUCCUUUGAGUGGAUCUCUCAAUUGCGGUACUACUGGGAGGUAGAUGAUAGGUCAACUGAGAAUCUGUGGGUUCGUAUGGUGCAGACUCCCUUCCCGUAUGGCUAUGAGUACCUCGGAAACUCUUUCCGGCUGGUCAUCACACCUCUUACAGACAUGUGCUAUAUGACUCUGAUGGGAGCCCAGAGUCUGAACUUGGGUGGUGCUCCUGCAGGACCUGCAGGCACUGGCAAGACGGAGACGACGAAGGAUCUCGCAAAAGCUUUGGCCAAGCAGUGUGUCGUGUUCAACUGCUCACCCGAGAUGGACUACCUUAUGGUUGGCAAGUUCUUCAAAGGACUGGCAUCGAGUGGUGCUUGGUGCUGCUUUGAUGAGUUCAACCGCAUCUACAUUGAAGUGCUUAGCGUAAUUGCGCAACAAUUGUUGCAGCUGUUCACCGCAAAGCAGUCCUUGGAGUCCUACAACGAUACCUGCGAACUGGAGUUUGACUCAACUUUGAUCACCAUGAAGCCAACGUUUAACGUGUUCAUCACAAUGAACCCUGGCUAUGCCGGUCGAUCCGAGUUGCCUGACAAUCUGGCGGCACUUUUUAGACCCAUGGCAAUGAUGGUUCCAGACUACGGUCUCAUUGGAGAGAUCAGCUUCUAUGCAUUUGGCUUCGAGAAGGGCCGCCACCUAGCCAAGAAGAUGGUCACAACUUUCCAACUCUGCAGCGAGCAACUCUCGGCGCAGUCUCAUUACGACUACGGAAUGCGUGCUGUGAAAACUGUGAUUGAAGCUGCGGGGCUUAACAAACGCCAGUAUCCAGAGCAGAGUGAGUCUCAAAUCUUGCUUCGGGCAUUGCGAGAUGUCAAUGUUCCCAAGUUUCUCAAAGAUGAUCUGCCCCUUUUUGAGAACAUCAUCUCCGAUCUCUUCCCAGGGGUUGAACGACCACAGAUGGAUUAUGGCCGGCUGGAAGAGGCAUGCCACACCGAGAGUUUGACUCAAAAUCUUCAACCUGUGCCGUACUUUGUCAAGAAGCAGUUUGUGCAUGUACAUUGCUUGAACCCAAAGUCCAUCACGCAGAAUCAGCUAUAUGGAUCCUUUGAUGAAAUCACACGUGAGUGGUCAGAUGGAGUUGCAGCGGAGGAAAUCAGGAAUGCCACUCGAGAUGCUGCCCAACCCGAUCAUCACUGGGUAAUGUUUGAUGGGCCUGUGGAUGCUCUAUGGAUCGAGAGCAUGAAUACAGUCCUUGACGACAACAAAAAGCUUUGUUUGGUCAGUGGUGAGAUCAUUGCCUUGACUGCCCAGAUGCGCAUGAUGUUCGAGGUAGAGGACUUGGAGGUGGCAUCUCCUGCCACCGUGUCCCGUUGCGGCAUGAUUUACAUGGAGCCUGAGAGCUUGGGCUUUCAGCCGCUUUUUGAUUCUUGGCUUUCGGCACUGCCUGAGACCUUCAGCUUUCAGCCAGACAUUGGCUCACGCUUGAGGCGAUACUGCGAGGACCUUUUGCCACUCAGUGUGGCCUACGUCCGCAAAUGCUGCAAGGAGGUGGUGCAGACGCAGGACUCGAAUCUCGUGCAGUCUCUCUUCCGGAUGUUGGAUUGCUAUUUUGCGCCCUUUCGACCCACAGAGUUGAGACCAGCAGCUGCUUUCAAGGAGGAGGUGGCUGGGUUUCUCCCACACGUGACUCCUUUGUUCUUUUUCGCCAUGGUUUGGUCAUUGGGAGGUAGCUGUGAAGGAAGUACCAGGUCUGCCUUCUCCAAGCUUAUUUGGGCAAUUGCUUCCCAGGACUCACAUCGGACACUUGAGGAUCAGAUGCAGGGUCUCAACGUCGAACUUCCUGCAGUUCAAAAUGGAAUCAAGUUCGAAGGGCUAGAAGUUGGCGCAUUCAUUUACGACUACUUCUAUGAUGUGGAGAAGAGUGAAUGGAUUCCAUGGAUGCAGACCAUCCCUGCCUUUGAGAUUCCUCGGGGAGCUCGUUAUGAAGAGAUCGUGGUUCCUUCAGUUGACUCCGUUCGCUUGGUGUAUGCCUUUCAGAUUCUGGUCACGCAUGACAAGCAUGUGCUGUGCCCUGGACCAACUGGAACGGGCAAGAGUGUGAAUAUUUCAAUGUGGCUGCAAAAGCAGGCGCCAGAGAAUUUCCAAGGCGUCUUUGUGAACUUCUCCGCCCAGACACAUGUCAACCAGUUCCAAGACCUCAUAGACAGUAAGCUCGAAAAGAGGAGAAGAGGAGUCUAUGGUCCACCAGCUGGAAAGAAGAUGGUGCUGUUUGUCGAUGAUUUGAACAUGCCUCAGAAAGAGUACUACGGCGCUCAGCCACCUAUUGAGCUGCUGCGACAAUGGCACGACCAUGGUGGCUGGUACAACAGGAAGGAGCUGAAGAAGUUUGAGAUCACGGACAUGGUCAUGGCAUCUGCCAUGGGACCUCCGGGAGGAGGUCGUACUUUCAUCACCGAACGCUUGAAACGCCACUACAAUGUGCUUGCUUAUUCCGACCUUCAGGAUGAGUCCAUUGCUCAGAUUUUUCAGACCAUGGCUGGCUACUUCUUCUCAGGGUUUGACGAAGUGAUUCAAUUGACCAUUCCUUCUAUGAUCCACUGCACUGUGGGCAUUUUCAAGCAAGCGCUCAAGGACUUGCUGCCAACACCGGCGAAGUCACACUAUCUCUUCAAUUUGCGUGAUAUUUGGCGUGUCUUCCUGGGUUUGUGCACCUUGAGCUCAAAAAAGGCAAAUGUAAGGGAUGUGGUGAUCAGAUGCUGGUGCCACGAAAUCCAAAGGGUCUUUGGUGACAGGCUUACGGAUAAUCAGGACUCAAAAUGGAUGGCCACGCAGAUCAGAGGUCAUCUUGAAGAAAGCUUCCAAGCGCCCUAUGAGUCCAUCUACGUUCGCGAACGUCUCAUAUUUGCUUCUUUCUUGAAUCAAGAUGCAGAGCAGCGAUAUUAUGAAGAGGUGCUCGACGUGCAGGCGAUGAAAGACUGCAUCGAGGAAUACUUGGACGAAUACAACAGCGUCAGUGCAUUGCAAAUGCCCCUCGUGAUGUUCUUGGACGCCUGUGAGCAUUGCGCGCGGAUUUGCCGCGUCCUGAGCCAACCCAGUGGAAAUGUUCUUUUGCUGGGGGUUGGUGGGAGUGGUCGCCAGAGUUUGACUCGCUUAUCGACCCACAUGAAUGAAUGCGAGUGUUUUCAGAUUGAAGUGGCAAAAGGCUAUGGAAUGAGCGAGUUCCGCGAUGAUGUGAAGAAGUGUUUGAUGAAGUGUGGCGUCGAAGACAAAGUGCAAGUCUUCCUUUUCUGUGACACCCAAAUCGUCAAAGAGGACUUCGUUGAAGCCAUCAACAAUGUUUUGAACAGUGGCGACGUGCCAAAUCUUUAUGCAAACGAGGACAUGGAAGCGAUCUCGGGUGCCUGCAGACAGCUCUGCCAGAGCAUGGGUAUGCAGCCAAACAAAGCAAACCUCUUCAGCGCUUACCUCUCCAGGGUGAAGAAGAAUGUGCAUGUCGUCCUUGCGUUCUCACCCGUUGGGGAUGGCUUCCGCAGUCGUCUUCGCAUGUUCCCAUCCUUGGUGAACUGCUGUACGAUCAACUGGUUUCGAGAGUGGCCAGCUGAAGCACUAUACUCUGUGGCAAAGCAGCAGCUCACCUUGAACUCAGUGCAGCUGAACAAGUUCGAAGGAUCUUUGAAGCUGUUUCAAGUGAUGCAUAUGAGUGUGGAACUGGCAUCCAAGCAGUUCUUGGCAAAGAACAAGCGACAUGUCUAUGUCACUCCGACCUCGUAUUUGGAGCUCCUGUCUAGCUUUAUUUCAGUGCUCGCAAUGAAGAGAAAGCAGGUAGGCACCCAGCAAAAGCGCUACAAGGUUGGCCUUGAGAAGAUUGGAGAUGCUGAAAAGCAGGUCAGUGGAUUGCAGCAGAUGUUGGUUGAGAAGAAGCCACAGCUGGAAAAGACCCAGAAGGAAGUAGGUGAAAUGAUGAAGGUGAUCGAGGUUGACAAGGCGGCUGCACAGGAAGUUUCGACGAAGGUAGCGAACGAAGAAGCAGAGGCGAAAACGAAAGCUGAGGCAACACAAGCUAUCAAGGAUGAUGCUCAAAAGGACCUAGACGAAGCCUUGCCAGCGCUGGACACUGCAGUCGCAUGCUUAAAGAAGCUCAAGACUGCCCACAUUCAGGAGGUCAAAGCGCUAGCAAACCCUCCAGCUGGUGUCCGCUUGGCCUGUGAAGCCAUUUGCGUCAUGUUUCAGCUGAAGCCUGUCAAGAAGAAUGAUCCGAAUACGCCUGGCAAAAAGAUCGAUGACUAUUGGGAGACGAGCCAAAAGGAGAUAUUGCAGGAUCCCAAAGCGCUCUUGGACCGUUUGUUCAAUUUCGACAAGGACAACAUCCCUGACAGAGUGAUUCAGGCCAUCACACCCUACAUGGAAAGGGAAGACUUUGACCCAGCUGCGAUCAAGAAGGCUUCCAUCGCAUGUGAAGCUUUGUGCUUGUGGGUUGGUGCGAUGUACAAGUACCACUUUGUCGCAAAGGCGGUGGAGCCCAAGCGGCAGCUUCUCCGUGAGGCUGAAGCUGAUCUAGCAGAGUGUAUGGGAAAGCUUGAAGCAGCCCAAGCAGCCCUCCGAGAAGUGCACGACAAGAUACAGAAGUUGGAAGCAGCUCGUUGGGCUGACAAUGUGAUCAAGCUCACCGAGCAGCUCGAGUUGUUGCCCGGCGAUUGCAUUGUGGCUGCCGGUAUGGUUUCCUACACUGGCCCCUUCACGUCAGAGUACCGCACAAACUUCGAGCAAGAGUGGCUGAAAGAGUUGGACAAAGAGUCCAUUGCGCACAAUGAGGAGUGCAACAUGCGGAGCGUUCUUGGAGAACCCGUGAAGAUUCAACAGUGGGUUGUCUACUCCUUGCCCAACGAUAAUCUGUCAAUUGAGAAUGCGAUCAUCAUUGAUAGAUCGCGCAGAUGGCCACUGAUGAUCGAUCCACAGCGCCAGGCCAACAAGUACAUCAAGAACAUGGGCAAAGACAUUGAGACGGGGUUCGAUGUUUGCAAGAUGAGCGAGACCAACUUCCUGCGAACUCUGGAGCUGGGGAUCCAAUUUGGUAAGUGGAUCUUGUUGGAAAACAUUGGGUUGAGUCUCGACCCAGCCCUAGAGCCCAUUCUCCAGCAGCAGAAGGUUCGAGAUGGAUCCGGCUUUACGAUCAAAUUGGGCGACAAGUCAAUCAAUUAUGCUAAUACCUUCAAGUUUUACAUGACGACCACACUGCCAAACCCACACUACUCGCCAGAGACGUCAGUGAAGGUCACGUUGCUCAACUUCGCAAUCACACCUACUGGCCUGGAGGAUCAAAUGCUUGGCAUUGUUGUGGCAAAGGAGAGACCUGACCUCGAAGAGCAGAAGAGCCAGCUGGUGAAAGACAAUGCCAAGAUGAACAAACAGUUGAAAGAAAUUGAGGACGAGAUCCUACAUUUGCUUUCGGCCAGCGAGGGUGAUGUACUGGAGGACGAUACUCUGGCCUGUAGCUUACUCGAGCUUAGCUGUGUAAGAGUGUUCAAACGCCGUGAACUUCUAGCUGUCCAGGGCAUCGUGAACCUAUGCAGUGCUGAUCCAGCAUCCACUGGUGGCUUCGUGUGCAUUCCAGGAAGCCACGUCCCUGAAUUUCAUGAAGAAUUUCGUGAAAGUCUUGGAGGGGAUCUUCAUCGUCUACGAAAAAGAGGUGAUUUCUUAGCCUUGGAAGACGACAUUUGGCAACAGCGAGCAGUUGGAAUUCGCUUAAGUCCCGGAGAUAUGCUUCUGUGGGAUGGGAGACUUGUGCAUGGAAGCGAACCUGCUCCAGGAGUUGAAGGUGACAUUGCAUUUGCAAGAGACAUUCAACGCGGUGAUCCCUUGGAAUUGCUUCGGAUGGCGGUGCCCGUUUGCAUGGUCCCGCGGCACUUUGCAGAGGAUCAGGAAACCCUGGCGUCUUGGAGAGCCCAGGCAGUGGCAUCAGGCUUGACAACAAAGCAUUGGCCGCAGAGACAGCGGACACAAGGUGAAGCUGCAGGACCUGGCUUCAUUCCCCCAACGCUUUCCCCUGAGAUGCGGCAAGUCCUUUGA